AUGAGGUCCCUUAAGUUCACAGCAACUCUACUCUUGCUACUCACAAUAACAAACUCCCUAUUCAUCUCCCUCGCAGCCGCAGAACCUUCCGGAAGUGAUCCAACGAACGAAGAUUUUCCUUACGUGGGGCGCAGAAUAUCCCUCCGCGGGGCCAGCCAUUUUCUCCCGCGCGUCCCGUUGGCAAGGUGCGACAGAAAUCCUAGGAUUUGCAGCCGUGCGCGCGGCAAACGAGAUUGUUGCAAGAAGCGAUGCGUAGACCUCACGGAAGACAG